GAACGGGAGGGAAGGCACAAUUCUCGUCGGCGGUGGGAAGUCGGUCAAUAAGUUCCCCCGACGCGCCAUUUCUCCUUUCCUUCUUCCUUCCUUCCGUUCUUUCUUUUGGGAUCUUUGCUCCUAGCAGGAUCUCUUUCUUUGCUUCUUUCCUCGAUUCUCUUCUUCUUGGAUCGGAAUCACUUCCAUCAUUCCGAUCUCUCUUUCCGAUCCCUCAUUACUCUGAUCCAGAUCUGUGUCCACCGACACUUUGACGUCACCUUCUUGUAUCCGUUGAGGCUCACUGGCCUCGCCAAUUUGUGUUCGUAUAAUGGGGUUUCGCUCAAACCCUAGGCUUCUCCUUGUUUUCGGAUUCGUGCUAUUGGCUCUUUCCUGUAUCUCUGCUCAGGACGCUGCUGUGGAGAAUGGGAAAGAGGAAUCGAAUGAAUCAGCAUUCAACAGUCUCGGCCGGCGUGGCAUGAUUGGCAGAAAUGACAUUGACAUCAACUCUGUCAGCUUGGGUGUUACCCUGGACUCGGGUCUUGGAGUUUUUGAUGCAUUCUUUGCUAGCUUCUCGAUGAUCCUCGUUAGUGAGAUUGGAGAUGAGACUUUUAUCAUAGCAGCUCUCAUGGCAAUGCGCCACCCAAAGUCAACGGUUUUAUCUGGGGCUCUUUCUGCAUUGUUUGUUAUGACAAUACUUUCUACUGGACUGGGAAGGAUUGUGCCAAACUUGAUAUCAAGGAAGCAUACCAAUAGUGCAGCUACAGUUCUUUAUCUAUUCUUUGGACUGCGGUUGCUUUACAUUGCCUGGAGGUCCGAUUCAAAAUCAUCACAGAAAAAGGAAAUGGAAGAAGUAGAAGAAAAGCUUGAAUCCGGGCAAGGCAAAACAGGCAUCCGCCGCGUCUUUUCCAGAUUCUGUACACCUAUAUUUCUGGAGGCAUUCAUUUUGACCUUCCUUGCAGAGUGGGGUGACCGUAGCCAGAUUGCAACAAUUGCUUUGGCCACGCACAAGAACGCAGUGGGCGUUGCAGUUGGCGCAACAAUAGGCCACACCAUCUGCACAUCAGUAGCAGUUAUAGGAGGGAGCAUGCUGGCUUCCAAGAUCUCGCAGAAGACGGUUGCCACGAUCGGAGGCUUGCUCUUCCUGGGUUUUUCCUUGUCGUCGUAUUUCUACCCACCUCUAUAGUUGCACGCUAACCCUCCAUUCUUUUCCCUCGGUAGAGCAAAUACAACAUCAGAAAUCUUUCGCCUGCAAUUUUCCCAUCCUCCGUUCUCUACUUCCUCAUUCCUUACUAAAUAGUCUCGCUGUGACAACUCCAAGUGAUUUGUAAUCUUGAUCUAUAUUUUCUUGUAUAAUCAGCCUAUGAUACUCUAGUUUUGUAGAUGCGUUUACUAGGUAAAUGUAAAAUUAUGUCAUGGAUAUGUAAACCUUUGUCGCCCUAAUGUGAUGUGAUUGUCGGCGAAAUCGCUUGCAAUUCGUCUAUCAACGCUAUCGAUCAAAUCGUCAGUGCACACAAUGUUAAUAUGAUGUGUUCAUUGGUGAAAUUACGUAUCGAAUUCGAGUAAUUUUUAUGGCCGUUUGUUUGUCAUCAACAAGCAACAAUCAGCUCGUGGAAGCUCAUGUAACGUCCUGUGUCAGCACUUCGACGAGAAAUGGCCAUAUUGCCGGUCUCAUUACUUCAUACAUGACUUUCGCGCAAUUUUUCUAUCGCUUCAAUUUUGUUCAAUGUUCUUCCGAAAAUUGCAUUGGUCGUGUUUAUACGACGCGAUAGGCGAGUAGGAAGCACGAAGAGAAGGGAGCGCGUGAAGUUAGAGAUGAGGGGUGGGUGGAGGGAAGGGAGUUGGGAGAGAUAGAUAGACCAGUCUCAAGUGUCUGGUCCGUCUGGUAGUUUUUCUUCUCUUUCGGAUGGUUGGCUUUUAUUCCCUUUCCCUUCUUCUUCUUCCCCCUUGAGUUUCUGUGGAGCGGAGUGGACAACGCCACGCCCCACAUCUCUUUCUCUCUCGCGAGAACAAAAAAGUAAAUAAAACAACCCCAAAAAAAAAAAAAAAAACUGCCUCCGUUUUCCCUUUCCUCUUUCUUCCAUCUCUCUCUCUCUCUCUCUCUAAUUUAUUUCCUCUCCGUUGCACUGUGCGGAAUUCUGGUGCUGCUGCUUUCUCUCUCUUCCCCCCUCCUCCCGAAUCUCUGCGUUUCUGUCUGUUGUUUGUCGGAGGCGGAAGAAAUAGAAUAGCGGCCGAGGAUUGAUUGAUUGCGUUGGGGGGGAAGGGGAGAGGGGAAUGGGGGUUCCGGCGGGGAAUUUCGGAGGAUUCGACAGCUAAUUUUGUGUUUUCAUGGAGGAGGGAGGAGAUCGCUGCGGUUUCUCUUCUUCUACUACGAUAUGGAAUUUGACGCCGGAAUUCCGAUGUCCCGAGCUGUCGUCGUUGCUCCUCCGUCGUCGGUUGUGACCGCCGAAGGGACUUCUCUAUCGCCGUCCUUGAACGAAGGUUUUUCCCCCCUCUCUCUCUCUCUAAUCUCGAAUAAUGGCAAUCGGAGCUCCGUCGUAUGGCCGUCGGCAGAGGAGUGUAUAAGCUCUUCUCCGUCCGUACGUAUCUGUUUGGUUGGGAGGAAAAAAAAAUGCAACUGACGUGUUGCGCUGCCUGAUAACCAAAUUUCCCGGGAAUUGUCGUUUCUGCCCCUCCGGCCCCUCCUUUUUUCCGCUGCUGCGAUGAAUUCUGAGCUCUGAUCAUCACUGCUUUUAGCCCGAAAAACGUCGGAAAAAGCUUUAAAAAAAAAGAAUGGUGUUU